AUGACUGUGCACAGGCUCCUCAGGUUCUCCUCGGUUGUCCAGUCAGCAGUCCCAGUCCAUCUGCAGAGGAACAUUGGCAAUACAGCAGUGGCAGUGGAAUUUAAUAAGGAACUUCAUCUUGUACAGAAACUCUGCAUGAACAAGACUAGAGAAUACAAAUCUAAGCGACAGGCAUCUGGAGGACCUGUUGGUGUGCACCCAGAGUGCCAGCAGGAUCUGAAGAGGGAGCUUUUUAAGUUGAAGCAAAUAUUUGGUAAAGCAGACCUGAACACGUUCCCUCAAAUUUGA